AUGGCCGCCCUGGUAAUGCCCCCAGGAUAUCGCUCCGCCACCGAAUACCACUUGCACGAGGAAGAAGCUGACGCCAUCAUCCAAACAACCGCCUACCACCGUAGAGACUACUGUCUCUCCGUCAUCUGGUUUCCUCCAAGCCAGCAUGUCAGCAUACGCUCAUCAAUCGCCACUCCCUUCCAGCGGACGUCAGCCGCCGGACUCGGCUUCCUCGACCGCCUCCCACUCGAGCUGAUAUGCGAGACUCUGUGCCACUUGGACAUGCAUUCCCUAUUCAAGCUCCGACAAGUCAACUCGGCAUCGAGACGAACGGUAGACUCGCUGCCUCAGUACCAGCGGAUCGUGUUGCACGGCCUCCGCAUCUUCUGCGCUACAUUACGCACGCGCGUUGCAAGGGACGUGUCUCUGCAUGACUUCGAUACCGCGCUGUGCACGAAGACCUGCAAGCUCUGCGGCGAAUUUGCCGGGUUCAUGUUCCUCCCAUCCUGGACGCGAUGCUGUAUCAAAUGCCUUCAGAACGCGCCCGAAACACAAAUGCGGAAGGUCUCCUACGUCAAAAAACAGAUACGCUUGACCAGGGGCGAAGCAUUUCAGUUGCAGCCACUCUAUUGUCUCUCCGGUACCUAUUCAAUGAACGAGGCUGCGCAAAAGGCCCGUAUUGCCCUUGUCUCGCUCCGCCAUGUGGUGACUGUCUGCCGACGGCAUCCGAAGCCAGACUACCCGUCCAACGAUGAACUAAACAAGAAAUUCAAUUUCAUGGCAUCCUGUGCGCUCCCUUACCUUGACAAAGAGACGGGCGAAGCCGAUCGCGGCGUCUCAUGUGCUGGGUGCCAGCUAGCUCUUGAAAAGGACACCAUGGGUACUAGCGGUAGGAAUUCGGACUACAACGCGGACGCUCGAGACAAGGUGUAUUCCCGUGACAGGUUCUUGGAUCACUUUCGCUGGUGCGACCAAGCACAGCUCCUCUGGAAAUCUACUGAUCAAGGUGCGCGACGGCCACCUGAAUUACCCAGGUUUGCUCAAACCGGUGGCUACUUUCGACGAAGAAAAUGA